AUGAUUGCAACACCUUUGAAACAUCCAGGAAUUCACCUGUCUUCAGAUACAUCUUCUCAAAGAAAUAUGCCCAUGCAUGCGAUCUUUUUUGACAGCAUUCCUUCAGGCACACUUACUCCUGUAAAAGACUUGGUGAAAUAUCAGAAAUCCGCUUUAAAACUGAAUAAUCAUAAAAAGAGUCAGUUUGUAGAAAUGGCAGUUUUUAAUAAUAAAAAUGUAUUUCAGUCUACCAUGCUAGUGGAGGCUACCACCUCUAACAGUUCUCUUGAUAUCAGUGCUAUAAAGCCCAACAAGGAUGAAUUUAAAAAUAAGGCAAGCUAUGAAUCACCAGGAAAAAUAUUUCAAAGAAUGAAAGAAAAAGUCCUACGCGACAAGCAAGAAGAAGCAUCAGGAAACAGUUUUUUGGAACCAACACAAAAUGAAAGUUUCACUCCUAAUGGAACUGAGGAAAGAAUAUUAAAGCAUACCUACCUCUGUGAAGAAAAGGAAAACAACAAAUCAUUCCAGCCAGAAAACAGUUCACUAAGAGAAAACUCAACCUCAGUCCAAGAAGUUCCUAUGGAAUCAUCAAAUAAUAUUUUUGUGCCAGUCAAGCAAAAGAUUAAAUAUCAGCAGGGAAAGAAGGUGCCUCUGCACAAUUUAACUUAUGAGCUUCCAGUUCUGAACCAAGAACAUAAAAAUGUUGCAGCUGCAAACAGGGCACUAACUAGAGCUCAGCUGGCUAGACAAAUUCUUCACUCAAAGGAGAAUACAGUUGCAACCAAUAAAUCCAAAAAGGACACGUUUGUUUUAGAAGACAUUGAUUCUACCUGUGAAAAGUCCCCAAAUACCACUGUUGAGACUCUUUGUGGUCCUGAUGUUGAGAAUGGUGGUCAAUUACUGGUUUCCGAUGAUAGUAAGAUUACAGCAGACGGCACUUCAAAACAGGAAAUUAAGGAAGGAAAUGAGAAAACAAUGCACAGAGAGACUGAUUUUACAGGUUCCAUGAAUGAUACUUGUAAAAUUGUGCUUGCAACUCCACGAUUUCAUAUAACAAUACCUCAGAGAUCAAAAAGAAAUGCUUGGAACCCUUCUCCAAGUACAAGCCAAACUAUUACAAAUGGAAUUAAAAUUAAGGUAGUCCAGCUACAGGAAUGGAUGAUUAAAGUCAUCAAUAAUAACACUGCUAUAUGUGUAGAAGGAAAACUGAUAGACAUCACCAACAUAUAUUGGCACAGUAAUGUAAUUGUAGAACGGAUUAAGCACAACAAACUUAGAACUUUAUCAGGCAACAUUUAUGUACUAAAAGGAAUGAUAGACCAAAUUUCCAUGAAAGAAGCAGGUUACCCAAAAUAUCUCAUAAGGAAAUUUAUGUUUGGAUUUCCAGAAAAAUGGAAAGAGUACAUUGACAAUUUUUUAGAACAGUUAAGGGCUUGUGAGAAGGAAAAAGGAAAGGCCAGACAAAACCAGAAAGCUGAAAGAUGUGUUCCUGACAUUCAAAAAUCAAUGAAAAACGAUGCAAGGAAAACAAAACCAGAUGUCCUCCAAAGAGCCACCACCACUUAUGACCUUGACUGUGAUUCUUUGGAGAGAACUAAAGAAUCAAAAGUAUCCAUUGAUAUUCUAACAUCAAAGGAACAGUUUUUCACAGAUGAAGAAAGAAAAUAUAUGAUUGUUAAUCAGAAGAAACCUUGUAUUUUAGUGACACCACUUAAAUCUAAAAAAAUUAUAGAGAAAAAAUGCAUGAACUAUAAUCUGUCAUCUGAUUCCAUUAAAGCAGUAACAGAAUUUGCAUUGGGAAAGCCUCAAAAAGAAAGUAAAACAGACUCAAAUGAAACUACAAGUCCAGUCAGUAAGCCCACAAAGACUUUAGAAGGUACAUUUGAGUGUAGUGUGGGCCGUAAUAGUGAAAAUACGGAAGAUUGUUUUGAACAUGAUUUCCUCACUGUCAACAACAAAAUAAAAAUACCCAGUCCUAAAAAGGAACAAACGGUCACCUCUGACUUUAAGAAAAAUACAAGGUUAUCAAAACUGAAGAAAAUUGAAAAUCAAGUAACUGUGUCAUUUGACAAGCAUCAGUCCUCACCAGAUUUGUCUAAUGAAGAAAGUGAAAAAGGAAAGAAAUUUAGAAGGAAAACUGAGAUUGUUAAGAAAACCAGAGCAAUAAAUACCGAAGAAAUAGUGGUUCACCAGAGAAAAAGCACAAGAAAAACAAAGACAAUCCCAGUGAUGUCUGAAUCUGAAACUGAAGAAAGUGAAAAUGAAUUUUAUAUGAAACAAAAGAAAGCUAAAUGUUCUGCUAAAGAAAAUCUUCAGAAACCUGAUGUUGGUAAUGAACUUCCAAAUACCGAGAAAAUGGGAUCUGGUAAGACAAACAGGUAUUCCUUGGAAUGUUUGCCUGGUCUUACUCAGGAUGAGGAAUGGAAUAAGAAAGAAUUACAGAAACUUCAUUGUGCUGUUGCAUCUCUGCCAAAGCACAAGCCUGGUUUCUGGUCAGACGUAGCUAUGGCUGUAGGUUCUCGAUCUGCGGAUGAAUGCCAGAGGAAGUACAUGGAAGAUCCCCGAGGAAAAAGAUUUCAGAAACAUGACACCAAGAAAAAGCCAGCCAACCCCAAAGGCCAAGAUGGCAAGGUCGAUGAUGCUGAUAAGAAGGAAACCAUGAAGAUAACUGCCAAAGUGGGAACUCUUAAAAGGAAGCAGCAGAUGAGAGAUUUUCUUGAACAGCUGCCAAAAGAUGAUCAUGAUGAUUUUUUCAGUGCAACACCUUUGCAACAUCAAAAAAUACUGUUACCAAGUUUCCAGGACAGUCAAGAAGGGGAUGAUAUUCUGCCAAAUAUGGACAGAAAUCCAACAACUCCAUCAUCAGUUAUCUUUCCACUGGCAAAAACUCCUCAGUGCCAUCAUGUCACACCUGGCAUGCUAGACUCUAUAAACAGGAAUGAUUGUGAUAAAUAUGUUUUUCGUAUGCAAAAAACCCAUAAAAGUAAAGGUGGCACUACCUGGGGCAAUAUCAAGAAAAAAACAUUUGAAACUGAUUUUUCAACUCCACCAUCAAGAAGAAAAACAACAUUUAACAAAGAAUUAGCAGAAAACUCUGGUAUUGGAAAACUUUUCACGAAGGCUAUGGAGUCUUUAGAUGAAGAAGAGAACGAUUAUUAUUUUUCAAAUUCUGAUUCUGCGUAG